UUGUGGCACUUUUCCGAACGGGGGGAGUUUUGCAGGAUCUUUAAUCGGCCUCUAGGUGUCACGAUGGGGCUCCUGGUCCAGGCGGCUGGCGGGGGGUGUUUGUCUCCCUCUAUCGUUAUCGAAAAUUUAGCAAAAAAACACUUAUAACCCAGAAGUUCGGGGUUAUGCCCGAUUAUUACGUGCUAUCGAACUUAUAUCAGACGGCAUUUCGGCGAGAUGCUUCAUUUUAACACUUCAGUAUUUGCGCCCCUCUUUAGGCCAGGCCUCCAUUUUCUUUUUCUUCUCUUUGUUUCCGUGACAAAAACCCGCCGUUUCUGGAUGGAGCAAUAGCUUAGCAAACAAGCUAAUAUCGCCCGUAAAAGAUCGAUCGUUUUGAGUUCUGGAAGUACACAACCACCACGUAUAAUCCUUUAAUACCAAACGGAAAUUGAUUUCCUCCUUUUUAUGUCAUUUUGGUGUCCAGACAGCGCCAACAAACUGACUAACUCCUUAGCUUAGCAAUAGCAUAGCUAGCAGUUUGUUGGCGCCCCUCCUCAACCGCGAUUCAAACCUACACAGCCCUUCCUGGCCCAUUACACAGCGCGCGCACACGUACCCCUCACUCAAGCCGUAACACUAAAAUCUCCAGCGGCGAUGAUCCCAGCUUGUUGGUUCCUAGUCUUCAUCUUCCUCGAAAUCGAUCGCCGUGAUGAGCAAAGUUAAACGAUGGAAUCGGUGGCUAGCUUGCGGUUGUUUGCUAGCCAGCUUGUUGCGCAGAUGAAAAUCGGACGAGGAAGACGGCGAGCUCGAUGAAGCCGACAGUUGAUUUUAAAUGAUUCUUAACAUGUUUUCUCGAAGUCUUUUCUAACUGGUUUUCCCCCAAAGCUUAAGGGCAUCUUAAAUCUCAGUGAUCGCUGAUCCCAGUGGAGUGCUGAAUACGUUCAUUGGCCGCUCGCUUAUUGAGACACUAGCCACCUCAAGCGGCUGACGACUGAGGGGAUAAAACUGCGGAGAGCUCCCUCUACAACCCGGCUGGUAGCGGUACAAAAACGCUGUUAAUCAGCUCAGAAUGCCCUCUUGCUGUGGUGGAAAAUCUUUCAGCAUAACCCAGUGUGGGUAGUUGAUGACCGACUGUGCGUCUGCACCAUUUGUAAAUUUCGGGUGUUUUUUGGCGUGUACAUGAGUAAGAUCAGGAAAUGAAGGAGUCAUAGCAGGGCACGUUUCCAGAGCACAAACUGACAAAGUACCAAAAGCUGCAGAAGGUCCGUUAUGAAGAUCAGAGCUGAAACUAGCACGUCUCCUAUCAUCUGUUGGAGAUAAAAACACCUGUUAACGACUUUCUUAUUGUGGUUUGAUAUACUUUUGAUUCUGGUAAUGUGGAGCUGUUGUUAGAGAAACCCAAGAUACGGCACAUCCUGUUUAAGCUUCUCGUUGCAUUAUAAAACGUUCCUAAUCAUGUCUUGAUGUUGUUCUGUAUUUUCUUACGAGGAAGGAAGGUCAGAUGUAGCGAAUGCAGAGAAUUGAAGAGGGCAGGAGAGUAGAGAGGCGAAGUACACAUUUUUGGUGCAGGUAACUUCAGCAAGGCAGUAGUACCCAUGGAAGGGGCACCGACCGAAGCUGUAGUGGACGAGACUGGGGACUCUUUCAAAGCCAAGGAUUGUAAGACAUACCAACGUCGGCACGAAGAGGAAGUAGUUCAUGCUGAGCUGCUGCAGGCUGCUGGUCUAGAGGUGGUAGAGCAGCCGGUAGCCGAAGGCGAAGUGACAGGAGCUGUGGUCGAUGCACAGCAGCAGCUGGUUGAAGGUGUGGUGAGUGUAAAUAGCGGUGUAGAAAUGAUGGUGAUGGACACCCUGGACCCAGCCCUGCUGCAGAUGAAGACCGAAGUGAUGGAGGGUACCAUGGGUGCUGGUGUAACUGGGGCAGCCCACGAGGCUACGGUCACCACGGUGGAUGACACCCAGAUCAUCACCCUGCAGGUGGUCAAUAUGGAGGAACAGCAACUGGGCCUGGGUGAACUGCAGCUAGUGCAGGUGCCUGUUUCAGCUGUGCCCGUCACUGCCACCACUGUAGAAGCGCUGCAGGGAACACUGGUGGAUGCUACUGCCUUGCCCAAAGAUGGAGAGCCUGUCAUCUGUCACACGCUGCCACUCCCAGAGGGCUUUCAGGUUGUGAAAGUUGGUGCCAAUGGAGAAGUGGAGACUGUGGAGCAGGAUGAGCUCCAGGGCCAUGAAGAGCAAGCUCUGCAGCAGCAGGAAGAGGACGAGAUCUCCGAACCCCAGAAUGAUGACCCCACUUGGGCCAAGGAUCCUGACUACACACCCCCAGUCAAAAAGACAAAAAAGACAAAGAAAAGCAAGCUGCGCUACAACACGGAGGGAGAGAAAGACAUGGAUGUGUCUGUUUAUGACUUUGAGGAGGAGCAACAAGAAGGCCUCCUCUCGGAGGUUAAUGCAGAGAAAGUUGUGGGCAACAUGAAGCCUCCAAAGCCAACUAAAAUCAAAAAGAAAGGUGUAAAGAAGACAUUCCAGUGUGAAUUGUGUAGCUACACCUGCCCAAGACGCUCCAACCUUGACCGCCACAUGAAGAGCCACACGGAUGAGAGGCCACACAAAUGCCACUUGUGUGGACGUGCCUUCAGGACAGUCACCCUGCUGAGGAACCAUCUCAACACACACACAGGCACCAGACCUCACAAAUGUACUGAUUGUGACAUGGCGUUUGUGACCAGUGGUGAGCUUGUGCGACAUCGUCGCUAUAAGCAUACCCAUGAGAAGCCUUUUAAGUGUUCCAUGUGUGACUAUGCUAGUGUGGAGGUCAGCAAGCUGAAGAGACACAUUCGCUCUCAUACUGGAGAGCGUCCAUUCCAGUGCAGCCUGUGCAGCUAUGCCAGCCGAGACACCUACAAGCUGAAAAGACACAUGAGAACCCACUCAGGGGAGAAACCAUAUGAGUGUUACAUCUGUCAUGCACGUUUCACCCAGAGUGGCACUAUGAAGAUGCACAUUCUGCAGAAGCAUACUGAGAAUGUGGCUAAGUUCCACUGCCCCCACUGUGAUACGGUCAUCGCCCGCAAGAGCGACUUGGGUGUGCAUCUGCGCAAGCAGCAUUCCUACAUCGAGCAAGGCAGGAAGUGCCGUUACUGUGAGGCCGUAUUUCACGAGCGCUACGCUCUUAUCCAGCACCAGAAGUCCCACAAAAAUGAGAAACGCUUCAAGUGUGACCAGUGCGAUUACGCCUGUCGACAGGAGCGUCACAUGGUGAUGCACAAGCGCACCCACACUGGGGAAAAGCCAUAUGCCUGCAGCCACUGUGAGAAAACAUUCAGACAGAAACAGCUCCUGGACAUGCAUUUUCGCCGCUACCAUGACCCCUCCUUUGUGCCCACUUCCUUUGUGUGCACUAAAUGUGGCAAGACCUUCACACGGAGGAACACAAUGGCCAGGCAUGCUGAGAACUGUUCAGGACUGGAAGGCGGUGAUGGAGAGAAUGGUGCUCCAACCAAAAGAGGCCGUGGCGGCAGGAAGAGGAAGAUGCGCUCCAGGAAGGAUGAUGAUGAUGACGACAGUGAUGAACAUGGAGAGCCUGAAUUAGAUGACCUUGAUGAGGAAGAUGAGGAAGAAGAUGCUCUGGAUGAUGUGGAGAUGGAGGUGGAACAAGCUCCACCAUCCAUCCCUGUUCCUGCACCCGCUGAACCACCCGUCAAGAGAAAACGUGGCCGACCUCCUAAGAAUCCCCCCAAAGCUUCCCUUGCUAAGACCACAACCAUAGCACCUACUGCAGCUGCCAUUAUCCAAGUGGAGGACGAGGGCACAGGAGCCAUUGAGAACAUCAUAGUGAAGAAGGAGCAGGACGGUGUGGAUCCUUCAGUGGUAGCAUCAGCAGAGCCAGUGGUGGAGGAGGUCGAAGCCACAGAGGGAGGAGAGGAGGCAGAGCAGCUCUCUGUACCUGAAGCUGCACCCAACGGAGACCUCACCCCUGAGAUGAUCCUCAGCAUGAUGGACCGGUGAUGUGCUCUACCAGGCCUGAUGUCCUUACGCUUGUAUGCGUCCCCUCCCAUGCUGUCACCUCCCUGCCUCACAGAACACAAACUUUUUUUCUGCUGUUUUCUCCUUCAUUUUCUGGUCUGUGGAAUGAAAUACCCAAUGUUCCUUUUCACUUUUAAUCUUCACUUUACAUUUUUUUUUUGUUUUGUUACAAACCUUUGACUCAAGUGUGCGUGAUGCUUUUUUUUUUUUUUUUUUUACAUUUUGAGUUAAUAGUCUGAUUAGUCCAUUGUAUAUCAUCUAGUGUGUGGCAGGGGGUGCAGAGAUGCUCAUGUGCAAAUCCAGUGAUUAUGAUUGGUUCCUCAUAUUUACUGUAGUGAACUGCACACAUUUCAAUGUUUUUGCCUAAUUAACAUGCCAAUAUCCUUAGAGACUACAAUCUAUUACAUUACCAUGGCAAUAUUUGAAAAGUAAAACUGGGUUGGCCUGGUCAAGCCUUGAUAUUUAGACUUUCUGUCACUGUUGUAGAAUGGGCAUUUUACCCAACAAAUAUCCUUUUAAUAUCUGACACAAUUUUUAUUAUGUUGCAAAUUCUUAUUGCUUUCACUGGUUACAAUUGAUAAAAGAGAAAAGGUUAAAAAUACAGCCAUAUAAUUGUAUGGCCUACGAGCGUUUCCAUCUAUUACAUAUUGAAAUAACUAGAAAUCUGUGGUUGGUAACAUUGUACAAAAGAAGAGUAACGGUGGCCGGUCCUGCGUGUAAAUAUGUUUUUUUGUUUUUGUUUCUUUUUUCGUUUUAUGAAUAUUUUAACCAUUUUCAAGUGAAUCAAUGACCUUGAAUGCUGAUGCAAUGACAUUUUAAACAGUAGUCAUUUAAAAACAUGCUCCCGAAAAGGUUUAAAUCUUGAUCAGGGUGUACAUGUUAAAUGCCCCGUUUCCUUUGUCCUUGGCCUUUUUCAGCUUUUUAUGUUACCAGGGUUUGUGUUUUCUGCUUUUCAGGGAGAAAAUUAGAUCUUUUCCUUUAUAAUGACGAUAAGAGUCGAUAGCUUGUUUCUGUCAUUGCAUAUUUUCAUGUUGCUUUUCAGACUUUGAAUGGUGAGCUUAGCUCUUGCCUGCUAUAGUGGUAACAUGGAAUUGGGCAGCUGGGGUUUAGGCCCUGAAAAGGAAGGAAAAAGGACAGGUGGAAAAUUUUCAAGUUGGCCAAUGCUAGAUGAGUUCUAUGACUUGGUGCCGGCUACACCCUAACUUUCAGAUUUGGUGUGACUGCUGACGUGCUUGAGUUGUUCAUUGAUGACACAGCAGAAAAAGGUCUCUGUCCAUAGCAACGUUCUCACAUUUCUGUUCAGAUCACGUAGAGUCCACACAGCUUGAGCUUGAUGAAGCCAUUUUAAUGCAUUCUGUUCUGGAGGAACUGUUUGCAUAGAGUUAGUUCAAAAGAAAGUUCACUUUUAGAAGGACUGAACAUUUUCUGAACAUUUUUUCCGGAUUCAGAAUGUUUUCUUUACUUAUUCUUUGCAUUUACAUUUCUUUUCUUUUGUUAAGCUCUUAAUUUUAGGUUAAUGCUUUUUUCCUUUUUUGUACCUAGCUUUAACUGUGUGAAUUUUACAGUGGUCAGAAAACCCACAUAUAAAGACAUUUAUUAUGGCUGGGUGGGGCUUUGAGGGAAUAGGAAAAAUGUGGAGAAUGUAUUGCUGUACAGCUAAUAAAAUAAUAUUGUCCUA